AUGCCGCUUGACAGGAUACUCACAAAUAGAGAUUCUCUUCAUAAAGAAUACUCGUAUUCUACAGUGGUACAUUCAGCUUGUUUCAAGAAGAUCAACAACGAUUUAGAAAAUUUGUUCACGAAGUAUGAUCAACCACAUUUAGUCAGAUGGUUUUAUCAUAAGCAGAGAAACUCUUUUUUGCUAAAGGAGCUUAAAGCUUUGAAGAAACGACACUUGAAGGUUAGCGAGUCAGUGCAGAUACUAAAUAUAAUUUUCAGUCCGCAGCUUCUUGCAACCAUAACCUACAUCACCAUCGCCAUUAUUUUCGAAUUAUACUUCAAUAUGAUAGAUUGGCGAAAUGGAUUGUCUAUCAGUUGGAUCAGACAGAUUAAUCACAGAGAUGCAAUGCCCUGCGUUGUAUUUUUUGCUGUCAACAUAGCAUUGAUAGCGUGGGUCUGCGAAGCUGGCAAAAAUCAAGCCAUAAAGAUCAACACUAUUGUUCAUGACCUGCUUAAUAACACUAAUGACGAGCAAAUCAAACAUGAGCAAUUCUUUCACGAUACUUCAUUGAUAUUCAGUCCAUCGAAAGUCCAAGAACGGGUCAAAGACAGAAAAGAAGGAAGGAGGUGGCGACUAUUCCAUGCGACAGAUUUUCAAUCGUUGAUGCAUCCCUGUUUCAUCUUCUGCCGCGUUCUGGGAAUAUUUCCGUACAGAAUUAACGCUUCAUCUUACGAAAUUUCGAAACCAUGUCAAAUCUUGUGGACUGUCAUCAUGAGUGUCGUUUGUUUUUGCACACUGAUGACAGUAUAUGUGAUCAACCAUUCUAGAUGGUUUGAGACCACAAGCUUACGCAGGAGUAUUGACCUUUACGCCUUCUAUAUAUUUAGCGGUUUCAUAGCGGUUGCUACAUACGUUUGGGAUGGUCCACGAAUGCGUUUAUUUCAAACCAUACUGAAGAUAUCUUCCGAAUUGCCUUUGGAGACAUAUCAGAAACAGUCUAUGCUGAUCCACGCCAAGGAUAUAAUCGGUUUUCUUUUCUUACUCCUGCAAGGAUCGACUUCUUUGUUCUACUUGGAAUAUCCUAUUUUGCUCAAGAUGUUUUCAAUCUACAUCACUAUGUUAGUGCUUCAGAUAGAUAUGCUAUACAUGAAUUGCAUUUGUGUGUUAAAGGCUUGCUUUGAGAAAAUCAAUGACAGUUUGGCAAAUCUGCUCGUAAUGAACAAUAAAUCACGUUUAUUCAGAUGCAACUACCAGGAACAGAAAAAUUUUUUCUUGCUGAUGGAGCUAAAAGCUCUAGAGAAACAACAUCUGUUAGUCAACGAUGCAGUACAGAUGCUAAAUAUGAUAUUCAGUCUGCAUCUCGUUGGUACUAUAAUUACAACCUUCGUUAGAAUCACUUUCUUCUUGUAUUAUUGCAUAAUAUUAUGGCAAGAUAUUUUAAACUUCCAAUUAACCAGUUCACAAAAACUGUUUUGUUACAUAUUUUUCAUCGCAUCCAUUAUGUUUUAUUUAAUGAAAACAGCACUGAUAGUAUGGGCAUGCGAGACCGGCAAAGAUCAAGCCAUUAAGAUUGGCAUUACUAUUCACGAUGUACUUAACAGCACUAAUGACAAGCAAAUUAAAGAUGAGUUGCAGCUGUUUUCUUUGCAAAUAUUGCAUACCACUCGUCGAAAUACAUUCUGUGCGAAGGGUCUCACUGUGGGUGCGCCGCUUUUUGCUGCUGUGAGUGAUCCAUCAUUUGCCUUUAUUAAUUUAAUAUAUAUUGCAUGUGAUUUUGCUUUUAGUUAA